UCUCUGCUCAUGAUCCGCUCCCGUCCGUGUCCGUGAAGAGGUGCGACUCCACUAGCGACAGCAUGUAAAACUUCUCCGUCAGUCCCGGUAAACACAAGACCUUCAAUAAGACUGAAAAGGCUGUUGGUAACAUGGGGAAUAACUCUGGAAAAGAACGACACGGAUCUUCAGGCACUGCUGUGGACAUGUAUGAAACACCUCCCGCCUCGCCAUACAGUCUUGUUUCUACUUGGUCACCUACGUCUCAGCUGGUGUCCAUUUCCAACUGCACAAGCACAGCCACCCCAGAAGCGGCUCAAGAUGCUCUCAGUCCGCCACUCAUCUCCACCAAUCAGAAUGAUUCACUUUUGGACUGCAGGACAGGGCCUGCGAAAGAAGCUAAAGAAUGUGAGAUGACAGAAGUCCCUAGUCUGGUAUCUCAUUCGUCGUGUGUGUGUGUGCAUGGAGACACAGAAGUGAACGCAAAACUCCUCCAGGAGUGUUUGAACACACUGCAGCUCAACAACACUGAAGAAUCUACACAUAUUCUGAAUGAUCUGUUACAAUGUUUUCUGGUGGAGAGGGAGAAGAUGAAGGAGGAAUUGAGAAGUUGUAAGGAAAAGAUUCAGGCAGAACGUGAGGAGUGGCAGCAAUUCCAGUCUGACCUGAAGGUGGCGCUAGUGGUUUCAGACAGACUGAGGGCAGAAUCUGAGGAAGAGCUAAGUUCUUUAAGAGCAACAAUGCAGGACAUGGGCACACAGCUAGCCGAUGCCUUACAGGGUCGCCAGGAGUUCAAAAGUCAAUUAGAGAUCCUCAGAGUUGAACUGGAGCAGAGCAAGCAGAAAUUGAAGCAGGUCACAGGCAGCCACCAGGGGGCGCCGGUACUGAGGGGCCUAGAGAGACGAGUGGAGGGUUACGAGAAGAGCACUGGACCCCAAGAGCAACUGUGGACAGAUGAGAUUAAGGGAAAAAGAGAAAUUUGCAUCUCUGGUACUGCAGAGAGGUCAAGGAGUCUCUGCAGACUGCCCUCCAAUUACCCCGAUGUUGUUGUAAAUGGUACUUCCCAACCCUCCAUGGCUAUGACAACAGAAUCUAGCAAAACUCAAGCAGCAAGUUUAGAGCAUCAGAGCAACAUGACCAGCUCCAUUAAAGACAAGAAAGUGGAGAAUUCACAACUACAAACAUGCAACUCUUCGGGUUUAGAUGUGACAAAUAAGAUCAACAGGACAAGGACACAGGAGGAUUUCCCAUCAGGACUCAGGUCGCUGAGGCUUCAUGGAAGUUCUAGGCGGAACUCCCUGCUUCGCUGGAGUCAAGGCAGAACUCAGGGAUACAAGAAUAUAGAGAUCACUAAUUUCAGCAGUUGCUGGGUGGACGGUUUGGCCUUUUGUGCGAUUUACCACAGUUACCUCCCCUCUCACAUACCAUAUGACAAACUCAGUCCAGAGAACAAGAAGGAGAACCUGACUCUAGCAUUCCAGACUGGAGAAGGCUUUGGAAUCUCUGCAUCACUGACGGUGGAGGAGAUGCUAAAAGAUGAUGCACCGGACUGGCACAGAGUUCUGGAAUACGUAGAGCGCAUCUACCGACAUUUUGAGAUGUGAGACUCUGGAAACAUGUCCUGAUCAUUUGCACAGUCAUCACAAAUGCUUUCAAAAUUUCAUUUUGGCCUCAGAGGGGAGCGCACAACUUUGAACAACCUUGAAGUAGACCUGAAAGUUCAUCUUUUGCUGCUGAAUUUGUAUUUGAGUUUGGCUGGUUAGCAUGGCCCACUAACCCUGCCAUGUAUUCUGACUUAUUGCAAGCAACAAGUGAAUUGCUUGUUUCAUUAUAUUAUACUGAAGGGCUCUUAAAAGUGUCAAAUGAACUUAAAGUUGGCAUGAAACAAAGGUUGCAAUAGUCUUUUCUAUUGCAGUUAUUAUAAGUUAUUGAGCAAUUAUUAGAUUAUGAGUGCACAUGAAU